AAUACUCGUCUUUCUUCUGCAACUGUUGUUUUUCCCCCUCAAAAGUAUUGUUUGUAAAUCACGAGAUUCCUUUGAUUUUAAAGAAUAGUUUUUUUCGUGUUAGAAACUCUCUUUGUUGUAAUCAAGUGGUUUGAUUGAGACUGCCCCACUGGAUACGCAGUUGCUGACUCUGUAUAGACUCUUAAUCCCACUUCUUCUUCCUUCUUACCCUUCCUUUAUUGUAUUCUUUUUCUGUUAAUUUUUCCCUCACUUUCUCGAGAAAUGAUGGACAUGAAGGAAAAUCCAAAGUUGGAUUUAGCAUCUUCCUACGAGGAUCGUGUGUCAGAAGAGAAGAAAUCCACUCAAAAGAUUUCAAUUUUGGAUCAUACUAAUGGAUUCCAAUACACAACUACUGAUAAAUCCGAUUGCUUUGCCAUCGACAUGGAAAGUUUCUCUAAUGGAGUAUUCAAUAAAGAAAUGAAUCCAAAUCCAAGAAUCACAGUAAAAAUUUUUUGCAGAGAAGCCUUUCACGAAAAGGGUCGCCACCAGAUUCUUUUGUUUCCUCUUCACCCAGAGGGUCUUGUCUGCCUGAAAAGCCCAAUGUGGUGGUUUCCGGGACUACCGGUCCGCCACCAACCAACAAGUUCAUCAUCAGAUAACCAUCACAACCGGCAGUAUCACUGCAGCAACCGAAAGCAGAUUUAAUCCGAGGAGAAAUAGUUGUAGACGGCCUCCUCCGCCAUGGCUGCUUGAUCCCAAGAGGGUUCUCAUGUUAUUUGCCACAUUGUCAAGCAUAGGCACGAUUUUGCUGAUAUACUUUACCUUGUCGAUGAGCAAAAAUGGAGAUCAAUAGCCGGAAAAGACGACUCGCCAGUGUAAUGCUGAUUAAAAUAUGUUGCAGAACAAUAUACACAUGGGAGUUCAAUGCUUGACAAGUAGAAAUGGAUGCAAGUGAAGAGCAAAAAGAAACAAAUGGGGCCAUGGGAUGACAAAAGCUAAUCAACCUUCCAUUAAGAUGGUUUCUUAAAAGGAAUUUUGGAGAAGAAGACAAGGACUUACUCCACUAAGACAAAGAGAGGAAGGU